CCUGGCGGGAGGCGGAAGAGGGCGUCCGUCGACCUGUCAGUGUGUCCGUAGCCGCAGGUGAGCGCGGGUGCACUCUCGUCGGGGCCUGUUAUACACGCCAGAUGACGAUGUUGUCCUGGGCCACUUUGGGUGUGCUGGUCAUCGGUGCUGCUCAUGCAAGGCUCGUCUUCCCUCCAGGGUCUGACAUGGGCUACAUUGUUCCAGAUGAUCCUGGACCACAGAAGUUUGAAGAUGACACUAACUGGCUCAAUAAUAUCGAAAAUGAAGUUGAUGACCAAUCUGUGCUGCAGAGAGGUGAACGAGAGAUAAUAAAUGACAUCGAGUCUGCACUUUGGAAAACUGUUGAGGACCGUUCGAGACAGGAGGAAACUCGGAGUAUUGAAGAUGAUGACAUUGUGAAGGUGGAACCCAUACAGAAUUGGCAUGGCCGAUGGUUCCCUCAUCCUCCUAAGGAGUUAACCCUGAAAGGGAAUAUUCCAGAUGACCUGCCCGACUAUUUAAAGGAUGAUAAACAUGGUGUUGUAAUGGGAAUUCCCAGUGUGAAGUGUGAUGAUGGCAAGGUAAACCUUACAGUUGACUGGGACUUCUCUCCCAUCAAUUACACAUGCUUUGAUCCCAAGCACCAUCGCAUACCAGUCCAGGGCAAUCUACCCUCCGUGGAGCAGUGUGUGUAUGUCCCAAAGAAUUAUACACCAGCACAUAUUUGCAUGCAGAGUGAAAUCAAAUACAACACAAGCCUGCCAACAUAUGGACCACAUCGCCCCAUUUGGCCUAUUUUUGGAGAAUAUAAAUUUGUACCAGUUCAGAGGUGGCUUCACAGUAUUGAGCAUGGAGCAGUGGUGAUGCUGUAUGACCCCUGCACUGAACCUCUUAUGGUUCAUCAGCUUCGCAAGUUGGUUACUGGAUGCAUUCGCAAGCACAUAAUCACCCCAUACUCACUUCUGUCUCGAGAACGGCCUUUAGCCUUAAUAGCCUGGGGCUGCAGCCUGGAAAUGUCUACUGUUGACAAAAAAGAAGUCCAAACAUUCAUCAAGGAACGUGCUCUACAUGGGCCAGAGGGACACUUCACGAAAGAUGGAAGUUAUAAGGAAGGUCUUGUUAGAAAAGCUGAAUAUCCUUCAGGCUCCGAGAACAAGGAUUCUAAUCUUUGUCCAUCGUAAAUGUGUGAAACCCAAAGAUGAGUUGCCUUCUUUAAUUUUGAUGUUUAGUGCUUCUAUUUUUUCUUAUGCUAAAAGUUUUCAUCUUUUCACCAAUACUAGGACAAGUGUUCUUUAAAAAGAACUAAGAACUUGUUAUUGAAAUAUAGAUUCCAUUAACCAGAGAUAUUAAACUAUUCAGGAUAGGUGUAGUAGAUUUUUACUACUUUGGUUACACUGAUAAAAUGAUAAUAAUGAUAAUUGUAUGAAUUGGUUUACUUGGCAGUAAUAUUAGAUAAUGUGGGAAGAUAACCACCAUUUAUGAACACUUCCUUAAGCUGAAUGAGUGCAGAAUACACAAAGCCAUUUAUAUUUUGAGUUAAUUUGAAGCAUUACUCUAAUGAAGAAUCUCAAGUUUAUUUGUUAUAAACAAUGGGAAAGUUAAUUAUGACAGUUCUGAGGAACCGAAAUGCGUAAGCUAGGUUCACUGAAAAUGUAGUACAGUUGUAAAAGAAGAAAUAAUGAAAUCCAUGAAAGCUACUGAUAGUGUGUGAUUUACUGAACAAUGUACUUUACCCGUACUUUAAAAAGUUUUCCCUGAAAAUUAACUUUAUAAAUUUAGGUGAACUUAAAAUCUUGGUUACCUGUAAUAGGUUUUGAAGUGUAAAAGUGAGUGCAUGUAAUUUAUAAAAAAAAAUUAGGAUAUAUAUUUUUGUAAAUAUUCAUAGUUAUUUUCACAUUAAAACAUUAUUUGGCUAAUCUGUCAAAAGAUUAGCAGCUAGUAUUUUAAUUUAUGUCCAUAGAAGAGUAUAUAAUUUGUACAGUAUGUAACUGGCAUAUUUUCUAUGAAUAUUUUGGUAAUUAAAUUGACUUAGUUCUGGGCUCUUACAUCAGUUAAAUUUUAGCUUGUUAAUUAUCUUUUUAUCGAUAUUUAUGUAAAUUGGUAUGAAAUUUUAAAUUUCAUUCUUGUACAGUAGUUUCCAAAUUUGCAUGGCUAUUUAAUUUCUAGAUAUGGCAUGCAUUUAAAUAUACAAAGACUCAAUGAUUUUAAGGUAUAGAACAUGUAUAGGUAAAGGAAGGCUGCAGUUGAAUAACCUCCAAGGCUCUUUGUCUCAUUAUUUCAUAAAAUACUUAUAUGAGGAUACUAAAUAGCACUGACAUAUUCCAGCAACAAAUACUCUGUACUUAAUUUAAAAAAAAAAAAAAAAAAAAGGCUUCUAAACUGUUCUAAUUGGCAUGUUUCAUAUAUUUUGAUCAACAACCAUAUUUCUUAAAUGUAAUAAGUGAAAACUAUAACUAUGGAACUGGUAAAAUAUAUGUACAGUAUAUAUAUUUUUGGUGGUGAACUCUGGUAGUUAAUCUGUACUUAUGGUUGAUGUAAUGUAACCUUUUUGGGUAUACUGUGUGUAUAUAUAUUAUAUAUAAUUUAUAUUAUAGGACUAACCUGAUGUUAAAACAUUGGUUUAAUUCGUCGUGUGCUCGGAAAUUUGAGAUUCAAGUUAAGUUUGGGCAUCUUCCCCAAAACAAUAAAAAUGUCUUGUUAAAAAAA